CUCUCCCCAGUGAGGCCUCUCCAAGGAGACUUCAGGAACUGAAAGCCUGUCCACUCGGAACCUGGAACCCAAGAACACUGCUUGAGGAGUACUUAUAAAGCAGAGGGCUCUCAUGGCACCCAAAUGGAACCAUCCCAAUGACUCUCGGCCUUCUAAGGAGUCACCGCCUUCCAAGGAGCUACCACCUCUUUAUACCAGUCCUCAAACAGGAGCACAAGGGUCAUCCCAGCCAUACCGUGUGUACACCCAAGUCACACCAGUGAUCCAGACCAACAUGUUCACUGGAGUGCCGAGGGUGACAACUUCCAUGCCGAUGCAGACCAUAUGUCCCUUCUGUGGGAGCCACAUCAUCACGGUGACAACCCCUGUCCCAGGCAUCCUCACCUGGCUGCUGUGCAGUGGCCUCUUUAUAUUUGGGUGCUUCCUGGGCUGCUGCUUCCUCCCCUUCUGUGUGCGGAGCCUCAUGGAUGUGAGGCAUUCCUGUCCUGUGUGCCAUCAGGAACUCUUCCACCAUCACCGCCUGUGACCUGCACUAUAAACAGCAAUGAAGAAGCAUCAGUGUGUAUGUGUGCCCCUGCAUACCCGUCCAGCAGGGGGGUGGCGUGAGCAAGUGAAAACAUCCUCCACCCGCCUCUGUUUUGUCCAUGGGUGAUGGACAGCACCUGUGUAUGCCUGGGUCAUAACAUGUGCUGGUUGGUAUCCUCAUGGGGAGGGGUGGAGCGGAUGCCCAUGCAUCUCCAGGUUCAGCCUCCUCUGACUACAGAUGCCACAGCUCUACCAGCCUCCUCUUUCCUAGCCCCUUCCCAUCAGCUCCAAACUCUACCCCUUUGGGAAAACCUGUUACCCACACCCUCACCUGUAUAACCUCCCUCCCCCCCACAUCCAGGUUCACAGCUGCUGCCCCUUCCCCCGGGGACCAGUGUACUCCAUCACAAAUGCAAUACGAAGAGGGCCUUGUCCUUUCUUCCCUCUCCGCCUUGGGUCUCUGCAGUCUGGAUCCUCCCUGCCCCGGGGGCUGCAGAUGUCCUCUGGCUACUCCUAGCAGGUUUCCUCUGUUUGCCCUCAGCUUCGCUCAAGGCCCCUCCCCCACCUCUGUAGGCAUCUGUUCUCCCUUCCAGGGUCCCCCAACCUUCUCCCCUGGAUGCCUGAGGCAUCCAGCAAACCAGCAUGUUGGGCUGUGAAGAUAGCCCCAUAAUUAAAGGGAUUUGCCUUACAAAUAUGAGGAGCAGAGUUUAGACCUCCAGAACUCACACAAGUGUUGGAUGGGCAGGGUGGUCCACCUUUAAUUCCAGCCUCAGAAGUCACAGACAAAGGAAUCCCAGAACAAGCUGGCUAGUGAGACUAGCCUUAUCAGAAAGCUCUGGGUUUGAUUGAGAGACCCUGACUAAGUAAGUAAGGUAGAAAGUUGAAGAUGAUCCCCCACAUCAACCUUGGGCCUCCACAUGCAUGUGCACACGUGCAUGAACACCCACAUGUGUGCAAACACACAAAAAACGGGUGGGGACCUCAGCAGCCUUAGCGAGGCUGCUCUCCUCAGAGGUGGGCCAUGGCCACCUCCUCUCUCCCAGACACCCUGGAUGCAGCCCUUGGUUCCUGUCCUGUUCCCCUCCACCUUGUCCCCUCCUUGGCUCCGGGUUCUCCUGCUCCUUCCAUUCCUCACCAGCCAGCAGCCUGUGGCCAACACAGACAGGGUGAUGCGGUUAACAUGGACAAGAACUCACCAC